AUGGUUAAAAUCCACCCCCAAUCCAACGGUCCAAAUCUCCCACCGCCUCCUCCACCGCAGGGAAACAACUUUUGCUGCUUUCUCUUCCAACUCUGCUUCUUUCUCGUAGCAGCAAGCUUCUCACUUCUCCUCAUCAUCGUCGUCGUUUUAUCAAUCCUCUUCGGAACCCGCCGCGAGGUGAUCGUUUCCGUCACAAACGUCUCCCUCACCGACUUCGACCUCAAACCAAUCACAAACACCAAUACUACUACUUUUUCACUCUCAUACGACAUGUCGUUUAAUAUCAACUUUACAAAUCCCAACGCUAGGAUCGCCAUCUACUACGACGCCGUCAGAGCCUGCGCCUACUACGCUACGACGCCGUUUGCUGUCGUUAAUUUGGCGUCCUUUUACCAAGGACACAAAACGACAAAAGCUUUGAGGGUAGUUUUUAAGGGGAACAAAACGAUGUCGUUUGAUGAUUGGGAUGGUGUGUUCUUUAGUAGUUGUUAUGAUGAAGAGAAAAGUGGUGGGGUGUAUAGUGUUACGGUGGUCCUUAAUGUUUCUGUACGGACUAAAUACGGUAAGAUGAAGUAUGGUGAGAAUCAUAAUUACAUAUAUUGUUACUUACGUGUGCCUUUGAGCUCCACAGAGGAAACCAAAUUCUUCUAUCCUAGUUUUCAGGUUACUCCAUGUGCAGUUGUUCAUAUUAUUACAUGA